AACAGAGAAUUUCUAUCGUCUAUCAAAUUACUUGACCAUGAGCGUAUCAAAGGGAUUUAAAAUAAAAAACCUAUUUGGCAAGUCCAAGACUUUUGAUAAGGAAUGCGAGGAUGCUGACAGGAGCGAUAGACCCGAAGAUCAGCGCGAGAGUUUCAGAUACGCGUCCAAGACUUUACCGUCGAGCCCAGAGCUCCGCAGCCCCGAAGAUGCGCCGUUUUACCCGAACCCCACCAGCCCCACCGAGAAAAAGAAGAAGAGACGUUUCUUAAGUCUGCGGUCCAGAAAGAAGUCUAAGGAGAAAGGAGAGACGUUUCUUAACAGUACCGGAGAUCUGGACUCAGUCUACAGCCUGAGUUUUGAUCAGAUGAGCAUCCAAACGGAGGACUGUUUUAUGACCGAUACCUGCCCCACCCCUGUGCGUUCUCGCACUAAUUCUACCAUCAGCCUGGAUCUUGCUUCGCUUCCAGAUUCAUCCUUUCCCACUCGCAAGCAAAGGAAGAGUUCUGAGGAGAAGACUGGAAUUUUUAACCGUAUCUUUGGAGGUUUAUCUCGGAGGAGAAAAAGCAGAUCCACAUCGGACGACAGGGACGAAAAUGUGUCGUCACAGACAAGCAGCCCGAUCAAAUCCACAGCAUCAGAUGAACUGAGACCCAGUGUUGUUCAAAACAGCGAGUUUGAGAAUUUAGUGUUUUGGCCCGAGCAGAGACGAAGCCCUAGCACCUGUAGUGUAGCCUCCACUGUCGCUGACGGAGGAGAUAUCCCAUUUGCUGACAGUGGUAGUAGCGGACGAGGUAGUGUGAAGGAGGUGGAAGUGGUCAAGGUCAGCAGAGUCGAGGCCUUCAGCAAUGUGAAAACCGAUCAUCUGGUGACGGAGGCGGGCAAGAAGCUCCAGGUGUACCUGGAAGAGACAAGUUGUGACAUCACGGACAUCGCUCUAAAGAGAUGUGCAGAAGACACAACCCCUGAUACUCUAAAAUCCUGUGCAGUCAGCGGGACAGAAAUUAAAAAGACAGUUUUGAAACCAAGCAUUCGAGGCAGCGGGAGUUACACAGCGCUGGUUGGAGUGACCCUCGGAUCGCAUUCCAGAGGCUCACUGUCCUCUGACAGUCUAGCUGAAGAAGAAUCUUCAGAUAUUAUGGGCAAGAAAAACAAUGGCAGGCGAAAAUCGCGCAAACUAACCAAUAGCACUAAUGAGGUUGCCCUAGCCAUAACAACUUCCCCUGAGGCACAGGAGAGGCAGUAUCCUCCGCCCUCACCUGGUCAAGUGCACAUAGCCGUAUGGGCGGAAACUCACCUGACAGAAGAAGAGAGCGAGAGCUCUAUUACUGACUCACUCUCUUCUGUUGAACUCGCACAGGCCAGCCCAGCGGAGAGUCAUUCUGACACUGGUAGAGCUGCUAUUAACACUUCUGGUCCUUUUCAAGCUCCAGAGUCACCCUCCACAGUCAACUUACGGAGGCUUGAGAAGUCAAAACCUGAGGCACCGCAGUCAGACAUUCGAAAGAACGUGUUUUCUGAUGAUCCAAAUGCUGAGAGCUAUGAAGAAAAACGUAGAAGCUUGAAAUUGUCAGAGAGUGAGACAGUGUUCGCGAAAAAAGUGUACAUUAGUCCCCAGUCGAGCUUGGACGGAGAAGGAGGUGAAUUUGAGUCCAGAAGUGAGACGGACUUGGAUGUGACACCACAUAUCCAGCAGUUUAAGGUGGAAAUAUUACCAAACCCCAAGAUUCUCAAUGUCAAGCAAUCCCCCGAACAGACACAAGAGCCGGUGAGAGAGGAAGCUGUGUCCGUGCUAAAAGAACCUCUGGAAAAGGACGUAGAGAGCCCCACUGUCCCUUCAACAAAGAAAACAGAAGCUACAGACAUUAAGGAGGAAUCGGACUCCCUAAAAAUGCCAAGUCUUAAAGGACCGUUAAAUACUUUAAGCAGUCAGACGACCUCAUCUAAGCCUUCCAGAAGUAUGGACAGACAAGGCAGUGUGCCACAUGGAGGAAAUAAAGUUAAGGCACCUCCACCGCCAGUUGUUCCUAAAACAAAAUCAGUGAUGUCUCGAAUUAAAAACAUUUCAGAGGCGAAUAAAGAACUGUCUACUGUAGGGAGGGUUUCACAGAAACAGACAGAUCAAAAAGAGGUGAAGUCUCCAACAGCAAAGGAACAAUCCGUUUCUUUUAAUAAAUCAGUUGAUAUUAAUACAAAAGUUCAAAAGAGAACGGCACCACCGGUUUUGGAGAAACCAAAGACAGUAGUAGAGGUUGUUACAGUAUAUUCUUUAUCUCCCAAAUCUGAGGGUCAGAUUUCACCUAAACUGAAGGUUUCUCCCGAAGGAGGAUCGAUAAGCCCGAAGCAGAAGAUCUCACCGACUAGAUCAGCGGAAGAGAAAGAUGUUGCGGAUGGUUCUAUAACGCCAAAAACACCUUCACCCACCAAAGAGCUUUUGAAUUUUAAAAGAGAAAGACGUCUAAAAAGUUCAACAUCUGAGGACAAAGUUGAUAAAUCCCCAUCCCCCCCACCUUCAACAAGAAAUGUUGGUCCCGCUAAAUUGAACACAGAAUUCAGAGCAUCUAAAGAUAUGCAAAAGUCCAAAACACAGCCAUCAGUUUCCAGUGAAAGAAGUCCAACAUCAAAAAGCAGUUUUCAAUUCUCAAAGAGUAAAUCGAUUGAGACAAAAUUCAAAUCAAGCGAUGCUGUAAGUAAAACCACAACGCGUGACAAAACAGAAGCCACAGACCAAACUGAGCACAGUGUUGAAAAGCAGAAGCCUGCAAACGAAACGCAGCUGAGUGGACCGAAAAGCCCACGAAAAUUCAAGACCGAUGUGUCAUCCUCAGGAAGGAAACCACCUCGAGUGACACAACCGGGUCUUUUCGAACAGACUUCAAGUGCGGAAGUUAGCCAUGGAGAAAGUGAGUCACGUCAGCCAUCAUCACCACAACCUACCAAGUCAGAGAAAAAUGAGUCAUCUCCCUUUCCAGGUCCUGUUGGUGAUGGCAAACCUUCCACUGUGGUCAGGAGCCCAUCAUCAGAACCCAAACUAAAAAGUCAGGUUAAGGAGGUUGCUGAUACUCUAAAUCCCACAAAAACCAAACCUAGAAGAGAUUUAAGAAAAGCAGAUCAAACUAUAACUUCAGAACCAAAAAUAGACAAAAACAAAAAUUUGUCUAUUUCAUCCAAAGCCUCUACGAAAUCUGAAAGUGGUGAAUCUGAAGAUACUAAGAAACAGUCAAAAGCCACCUCGAAAAUGAAGACUGAAGUCACUUUGCAAGUGGUACCUAUAAAAGAUGAUUUAAAAUCCCUAAAACCACAGAAAGAAUCAAAUACGCAGGAUUCGCCAAACACAGAUGCCCGAGUAGUAGAUAAAAGCGACAAGGAGAUACAUUUGACCAUUACACCCGAAGCCUCUUUGAAAUCUGAAAGUGGUGGAUUGGAAAAAACUCAAAAACAACCAAAAGAGCCCUCUGAAACAAAGAUGGAAAAAUUUAGUUCUGCUGAGACCAAAGUCUUUUUGGAAGGGUCACCUUUAGAAAAUGAUUUACAAUCUGUAAAACAACUGAAAGAAUCAAAUCCAAAGGUUUCAUCAAACCAAGAUACCCAAGCAGAAGAUAAAAGUGAAAAGAUGAUAAUUCUGCCCAUUAAACCCAAAGCCUCUUCUGAAAGUGAAAGUGCUGCAUUAGAAAAUACUGACAAACAAACCAAUUCCACCUCUGAAAGUAAGGUUGAAAAAUCUAGUGUUGCUGAGAACGAAGUCACUUUGCAAGUGGGUCCUUUAGAAAAUGAUUUACAAUCUGUAAAACAACAGACAGAAUCAGAUCUACAGGUUUCAUCAAACCAAGAUACCCAUGCAGUAGACAAAAGUGAAAAGAUUGUAAUUGUGUCCAUUACACCCAAAGACUCUUUGAAAUCUGAAAGUGGUGCAUUGGAAAACACUCAAAAACAACCAAAAGAGCCCUCUGAAACAAAGAUUGAAAAAUCUAGUGGUGCUGAGACCAAAGUCAUUUCGCAAGGGAGACAUUUAGAAAAUGUUUUACAAUCUGUAAAACAACUGAAAGAAUCAAAUCCACAGGCUUCAUCAAACCGAGAUACCCACGCAGAAGAUAAAAGUGAAGAAAUGAUAAUUAUGUCCAUUACACCCAAAGCCUCUUCUGAAAGUGAAAGUGGUGCAUUAGAAAAUACUGACAAACAUCCCAAAUCCAUCCCUGCAAGUAAGGUUGAAAAUUCUAGUUCUGCUGAAACCAAAGUCAUUUCGCAACGGUCACCUCUAGAAAAUGAUUUACAAUCUGUAAAACAACUGAAAGAAUCAAAUCCACAGGUUUUAUCAAACCAAGAUACCCAUGCAGAAGAUAAAAGUGAAAAGAUUGUAAUUUUGCCCAUUACACCCAAAGCCUCUUUGAAAUCUGAAAGUGGUGCAUUGGAAAACACUCAAAAACAACCAAAAGAGCCCUCUGAAACAAAGAUUGAAAAAUCUAGUGGUGCUGAGACCAAAGUCAUUUUGCAAGCGACACCUUUAGAAAAUGAUUUACAAUCUGUAAAACAACUGAAAGAAUCAAAUCCAAAGGGUUCAUCAAACCAAGAUACCCAUGCAGAAGAUAAAAGUGAAAAGAUUGUAAUUUUGCCCAUUAAACCCAAAGCCUCUUCUGAAAGUGAAAGUGGUGCAUUAGAAAAUCCUGGCAAACAAACCAAUUCCACCUCUGAAAGUAAGGUUGAAAAAUCUAGUGUUGCUGAGACCGAAGUCACUUUGCAAGUGGGUCCUUUAGAAAAUUAUUUACAAUCUGUAAAACAACAGACAGAAUCAGAUCUACAGGUUUCAUCAAACCCAGAUGCCCAUGCAGUAGACAAAAGUGAUUCAUUUGGAAAAACUCCAAAACGACCAAAAACGCCCUCUAAAACAAAGAUCGAAAAAGCUGGUGCUGCCGAGACCAAAGUAACUUUGAAAGUUGCACCUAUAAACAAUGAUUUACAAUCUAUAAAACCACAGACAGAAUUAGAUCUACAGGUGUCAUCAAACCCAGAUGCCCAUGCAGUAGACAGAAGUGACAAGAUUUCAAAUUUGUCCAUUACAUCCAAAGCCUCUUUGAAAUCUGAAAAUAAAACCUACACAUUGGAAAAUACUCAAAAACAAUUAAAAGCCACCUCUGAAAAGAAGGUUGAAACAUCUGGUGCUGCUGAAACUAAAGUCAUGUCGCAAGUGUCACCUUUAGAAAAUAAUUUACAACCCAUAAAACAACAGUCUGGGGAUAGUUCAUGCCCAGAUUCACAGGCUCCAUCAAACCCAGAUGCCCAAGUAGUGCCAGAUGUCCAAUCGGGUCUUGUUGAAAAGAAAUCUCUUGUUGAGAAAAGCGAGUUUGAGAAAGAGAAAUGUACCCUUGCGAAGAAAAAGACGGGUCACUACACAUCCGGUGAUCUGAGCACUCAAGUUAGUGAGCAGUCCAGGUCUUUUCAGGAAAAAACCCUUGCAGUUAUGUCUGAGAACUCAUCUGAGACGAUCCAGAAGAUUGAGACCAAAGAACAGAAUGUGGAAAAUGUUGUGAAUUUAAAAAAUCUGACUAAAGCCGCAACUGCAAAAAUAGAGACCACAAGUAAUAAAGAGGGUCAAAGCAAAGAAGAAAGUGUUCAACAGACAGUAUCAAAGACGCAGUCAAACUUGGGGACAACUGUUCAGUUAGAUGACUCAAGUAAAGCUUCGAACCUGGAGUGUGUCCAACAGAAUGAAAUGAAUAAGUUGCCUAUUGCAGCUAUAACAAAUCCAAUAGCUGUUUCUAAACCAGAACCAAGAGGUGACAAAACUUCAGAGCAGAAACCUCCACCACUUAAACUUCCUGAAGAACAGACUUCCAAACUAGACAAAAAGACAGAAGUCCAAAUUAAAAAUGUAGAAUCCAACUUGAAAGUUAAGAAAACUAUAAAGAAUACAGAUACAAUGCCAGUUGUUAAUUCACAAAUACUGAAUCCAACAGCUGAUCAAAGUCUACAACAAUUUACUUCGCAGAAUCUUCCGUUCGACCCCAAAAUCCUCUCUAAAAAUAACAGGGCACCAUCUAGUUGGUUAGAUGUGGAUCAGACUUUCGAGAAGAAGAAAGUAGAGAGACGAAUGGAUUGUUCUGCGAGUGACGAUAACCUGCUCGAUACUUCUGACGAUUUUGAAGCGCUCAUUCGUAACAUCAAGGAGCACUGCUCCCCUUUCACACUCCCACCUAGAAAACAUGGGCAGAACAAAAUGCCGUCACCCCCUUUUGCGAUGCCGGCCAUUAAAGAAGAUCACUUCGAGAAAGUAUUUGAUCCAGAGCAAUUCCAGUUUGGGACAAGAAAAACUGCAGGACCAAAAGACCCAUCUCCAGCCAUGAUUAUUAAAAAGAGAAACGAUGAGGCAAAAAACAAUCCACCAUCCAGACGAACUGAAGAUAUCCUCCUUUACAAAUCUCUCUCCUCUAGACGGGAGAAAGACAAAACUGAAAAGGUUGUCGCGGAGGAGAAAUGUGAUGGAGAAAACAAGAACAACACGGAAGGAUCUGGAAAAGUCUCCUCAAGGUUGGAAAGAAUGUCAAUCAUCUCAAACCUCAGGAAAGUCUCAAGAACCCCAACUCAGACUGUCUCGGGAGAAAAGGACAUCCCAUUGUCCCAAGCUGUCACAACUCCGAAAGAAGGAAUUGGUUAUUUGCCAGCUCAAGGCAAUGGAGUAAUCGAUAAUGGUGGUUCAUUGAAGAGCCCGUCAACAAUCCCUCCCAUUCCAAGCUUCUCAGAAAUCAAGCUGCCAGACCUUUUAGAGAAAUACCUUAAUAAAGGCAAAGGUAGCCAGCAGAAGCCUGACACCAGUUCUUUACCUCCAUUGGAUGUGAGUGCCACUUCGAAUGCAUUUAAUGCGAACAUGGGCCCGCAAGGAAUGCCAGGAUUAACAUCUCAAUCUAACAGCACUCCACAGCUACCAGUGCAAACACCCACCAGACUCUCACCAACACCUGUAGGGACACCACUUGUCAGAGGCUUUCACAAACGCCCUGGAAAGAUUGUGAUAUACCAGCAAGCUCAGUUAGGGGGAGAGUCGUAUGAGAUAUUUAGGGACAUAGAGGACGCCACCUCGAUGGAACUUUCUCCAGUCAUUUCUUUGAAGGUUGUCAGAGGAUGCUGGCUGCUGUAUGAAAAACCAGGCUUCCAGGGUCGAUCCAUCGCUCUGGAGGAAGGGCAAACAGAAUUAGUCAAUGAAUGGGUGGAGUCUGAGCCCAUUGGGGAGGUGGGUCCAAAUGAGUUUCCACUCCCAACCACACCCAUGGUUAUCGGCUCCAUUAGACUGGCAUUGAGGGACUACAGCAUACCAAAAAUCGACCUGUUCACAGAGCCGAACGGGAUGGGCCGGAUGUCCUCAUUCUGUGAUGACAUGAUUGAGAUCUGCUCUUAUGGCAUUCCUCAGAGUACUGGCUCCAUUAAAGUCCACUCAGGAGUAUGGAUGGUCUUCAGUGAUCCAGGUUUUCAGGGUCUGUUGGCUGUUUUGGAGGAAGGUGUGUACCUCUGUCCUGAGGACUGGGGCUUUCCUAACCCCUUUGUUGGAUCACUGCGACCUCUAAAAAUGGGUCAAAUUAAGGUGGAAAAUCCAAACGAAAUGAAGGCAGUGCUGUAUGAAAAGCCAAUGUUCCAGGGGGAGUGCAUAGAGAUCGAAAAAGACAUUUACAGCUUUGAGGAGACAGAGGAACACGAGAAGAAUGCGGAAGAGGAGAGUCCGGACAGUACCUCUGAGAUAAAGAGGAAGAGCUUCGGUUCGGUCGGCUCAUUGAAGAUCCUAGGUGGCCUCUGGGUAGGCUACUCUGUGGCUGGGUUCGAGGGUCACCAGCAUCUUCUGGAGGAAGGAGAGUACGCUGACUUCACAGACUGGGGUGGACUGGAAGAUGGGCUUUUCUCUAUACGGCCUGUAUUCGCAGAGUUUAUGACUCCUCACAUGAGGCUUUUCAGUGAGCGAGAAUUCAGCGAGAGAGGAUUGAAUUUGGACCUGCUCGAACCUGUCGUCAACAUGGAAGGCACGGGUUUUGGAAUAAAAACACAGUCGAUGGAAGUCCUUUCUGGCGUGUGGAUAGCAUUUGAGAAUGCACAGUUCUCAGGUGAGCAGUAUAUUUUGGAGAAGGGUCUGUAUGCAACCCCGUUGGACUGGGGUGCACAAAACUCUAGGAUCUUGUCCCUCCAGCCUGUUGUUUUGGAUCGAGCAGAAGAUCUGGCAAGAUACAAGGUCCAGUUGUUCUCUGAGCCAGGGUUCCAGGGAGAAGUUCUGGUCUUAGAAGAAAGUGUAGCGUUUCUGCCGGACGACUUCCACCCCAUGUCCUGCAAAGUUCUUGCUGGGAGCUGGGUGGUGUUCGAUGGCCCACAGUUCACUGAAAACAUGUAUGUGCUGGAGGAAGGAGAAUAUCCAAACCCUGAAGCAUUGGGCUUACUCGACUUAAACUGCAGGAUCAGCUCGGUUCACACUGUAGGACAUGAGUUUUCUGUGCCCUCCAUCACACUAUUCUGUAAAUCCAACUUCAGAGGGCGUAAAAUAAUUUUUACAGACGGCUCUCUAAAUAUGUCUCUGGCUGGGUUUGAUGGGCGGGUCAGCUCUCUGUUGGUCAACGGAGGAAUUUGGGUGUUGUAUGAAUACAGCAAUUUCCGUGGUCGUCAGGUUCUGCUUCAUCCAAGUGAAGUUGGUGAUUGGCAGAAGUUCAGAGGCUUGGACCGGAUCGGUUCACUGCGGCCAUUAUUGCAGAAACGUGUUUAUUUCCGGGUGCGCAGCGCUGAGACGGGCUUGCUGAUGUCUCUGUCUGGACCCCUGGAUGAUAUAAAGCUGGUUCGGGUCCAAGUGCUGGAGGAAUCUGGGGGUCCGGAGCAGAUCUGGGUCUAUGAGAAUGGACUGUUACGCUCCAAGUUGGUAGAGGAUUGUUGUGUGGAGACCUCUGGCGGUGUGGUUAUGGCAGGUUGUAGGCUGAAUAUCUCCCCUGAGCCAGGCAAGGACAAUCAAUUCUGGAGCAUCACAGGAGAUGGAAUCAUACGGAACAACUUUAAGCCUGAUCUUGUGCUGGAGGUCAAAGGUGGGCAACAGUAUGAUAAAAACCAGGUGAUUCUUAACACCUUUGAUGAACAGAAACCCAACCAGAGGUGGACUGUGGAAAUCCUGUAAAUUCAACUACAGACACCAUUUCUGUCACUCCUAAUAAACAGAAGAGUAGUAAGCUGCUCUACAGAUGGUUUCUAAGAAUCGAAGGCACAAACAGACCGUAAGAGAUGGGAUUAAUGUGCCGUCCUGGACCUCUAUAUUUUUUGAGAAGUUUUACAAGACGGACGUCUCUGUGGACAAUUAAUUUCAAGUCUAUAGACUGCAUCAGGGACAUUAAAUGGAUCCUUACGACCUGAUGUGUCUUCUAUAAUGAACUGUCAUGACUGCAAUUCAAUGAUACUACCACAGUGGGGCGCUGCAGCAUUGGAUUAUGUAUGUGCACUUUAAGAGACGUUUAUUUGUACUUUUUUAGUAUCAAGCUGCAGACUGACUGAAAGCAAAAUGUGGGUCCGUUUUCACUCCCAGUCAGUUAAAAGUCAGUUCACUCCAGUUCACAUAUUGACAGUUCUUGGUUUGAUAACUGAUCGUAGAGCAGCUGUUCUGCAAUCAGAGUGUUCUUUAUUUUCUGAAGAUACAGUCUGGUUUCAUUUUUUUAUAAAUAUCGCUUUAGUGUUGCAAUGUCCAAAUUUCCUAAACAUACUGUUACAUGUAACAAUUUACAUUAAUGAUGUUUUCUUUGACCUAUUUAAAUAAUGCAAAAUAAAGACACUGUGCCGAUUACAGUAAA